CUCCGUCUGGUGGUUGAGAGGUCUGUUCUUGGGUGUCCCGACAUCAUAAGAAUUUCGUUGCCAGAAAGGGGGAGGAGGUGGAGGUGGUUCCGUGAAGAAGGGCAAUGGGAGGAGAAGGGAAAGGAGUUAGACAGUACUGAAAGGAAUUGGUGGCAGGCGUUGGGAGGUGGUAGAAGAGGGCGGCCAGGGAAGUGAGUGAGAGGGUAAUAAACAAUGGAGCUGCCAGGGAGUGGCACGGCCACCGAAGGCGAGGCGGGCCGGGGCCGCGACCUCCGCACGUAUUCGUUGACCUCCUUGCAGAUCGGGGACAUGACUUCAUACCACAGCACCUUGUUUAUAUACGUCUCUCAUAUCCUGCAGAAGCUUAUAUUUUUUGUGGAUAAUAGUCCAUGGACGGAUGAUGGGCCUCGAUCGAAAUCUGUGGAGGUUUGGCAGUAUCUUCUCAUGCAGUCUAGAAGAUCCCCUUUUGUUAAUUGGAAACUCGAGAGAGCGCGGAGACAUCGGAUCAAGGAAGAAGAGAAGGCCCUGCUGAAAGAGCUGGAAGAUUCAGCGGGAUGGGAAUGUCAAAGGCAGAUGUCGCAAGCAAAGCUGAAGGCUAUGGGGCGCAAGAUAGUUGCGUAUGUGAAGGCCAGAAAGAAGCGGGCAUCUCAUGGCCUGUAUGGAUGUGUGGUAUUUGAAGUCGACUGGGACGACUUCCGUGGCAUCAAUUAUGUGAAUGAGCUGCAAGCUCCAGUGUUCUUUGCGAUAGAAGCAAGGACUGUGCAGAAAAGGGAGUUUGAUGAUUUGGGCGAGGCUUACGAGUACUACAUGGCAAAAGAAGGACCAGAGGAAGAGGACGAGGAAGGAGAUGAAGAUGAAGAUGGCGAGGACGAUGAUGGUUAUGAUGAGAAAGAGGAUGAUCCGGAUGGCGACAAUUGUAGUCAUGAUGGUGAUGAUGAGAAUGUACUGUAUGAUGAGGACGAAGUAGAGGAGGAGGAAGAGGAGGAAGAGGAGGACCGGAGGGAUGAACGCACUUGGGAGGAUGAGCAAGACGAGGAAGAGGUGGCAAUGCAUCAUGAGGAGGAACGAUUGUGGGGCCGUUGUGAGGAUAGACAGGGCAGGUGGGCAUGUGAACAGAGAAGAGGGGAUGCUCGGGCACAGUUAAGUGGAGUGAGCGACUGCUCUAUCUCAGGGCAGAGAGCAAGAUCAAGUGAUGGAAGGGGCGUUGGGGGGCUCCCUCGUGUUUGUAAUGCUGGGGAUAUGUCUGUGGUGAGUACUCCAUGUUCUGUUGGGUGGCCGUUACGCUUGAGUUCACAUGUAGACGACGCUGGCCACUCAGGGGCUAUAGGGAUUAGCGAAGUUAGGGAUUGUAGAUCUCAGGAUAGGAGGGCUAUAGCUGAUAGAGUAGGUGCUAGAGAGGGUGUUUUAGCUUCAAAUAGUUGUAUAGGAGGUAGUGAAGGGUUCACGGGCAGAGGGAAGUUCCUCUCUGUGACAUCCAGACAGAGCCAAUGCAUUGUUGGCAAAUCUCAUCUUGAGACUGGGGGUAAUCAAAGGGCGCCGAGUGACAUUGGAUGGUAUUCUGAAGCCCGACAGGGGAUGGACAGUUCAAGCCGGAGAGAGAGUGGAAGUGGUUGGGAGAGAGAUGAUGAAGGAGACUUUGAUGAUGAGAGGGAUUGUAUCGAGUCUGAUCCUGAAUUGUUCCUCACCCCUCCAUCUUCCCCACGGGGUUGGAUGCAGUCUGAGGCAAGUGAAAGGAAUGACGCAUGGGGAUGUUAUACCUUGAGGCGCCGAAGGCGGUCGCGCGAGUGUCGAUCUCCAGUCUCUGACGGUUGUGUCUUGGGCAAUGGACGAUCAGCACAACAGUGGUUUCCUCCAGGAGUUCGUGAAAAAACGGGGCAAAGAGAAGCAAGGGAUCGCACCAUGGAGCCUGAGUUUUCUUUUGAGUAUAGGAAGGGUGGGAAAACUGUAGAUAUGAGCCUAUGUCCAUCCAGGUCUGUUGGGGGAGUAGGGGGACUGUCUGUACAAAAUCAUGAUCCCAGGAGUUACUGUAGCAUGCGAACACGUGGAUGUAAUGACAGAUAUGGGGGUUUGCCGGGGUUGCGGGGACAGGAUGAAGUAAAAUACCCUGCAGGUUGCAGUCCAGAUGAAGAGACAGAGAGUGAUCAAGUAGGGAACGAGCAGUCGACUGAUGAUGGUGAUGAGUGUGAUGGUCCAGACCAAAGCGGAGAGGAAGAUGAGGAGGCGAGCGACGGUUCGGCGAAGGACAAGAAGUCCGGUUCCUCUGCAACAGCUUCUUUAUCAGCAUCGAGGGAAUGCUCUGGAUGCUUAUCUGGCUCAGUAUCUGAUUCGCUCGUCUCCGUCUCGUCAACGGCAAGCUCGGACGCGCACACACAUCUUCCUACAGAGAUCCCACAAUCUUGUUUUGUGGAGUCUGGAACUGUCACAGGUGAUGUGGCUGAUGUGUACAAGGAUAUGCUCAUCGCGGUUCGGUUUGAGGAUCCUCUGCUGCCUGUGGAAUUGCAGCAAAUGAUCACUCAUGACCAGAAGAGGUUAAAGAUGCUUGAAUCUGGUCUUCCAUCGUGGGCGAUCUUUUGCCAAUCCUAUCCGUUGACACGCAACCUGUACCGACCAUGGAUGCGCGCACUGUCGGUGUACAUAUUCUUUCUGAUUUCGCUGACGACUGUGUUGAUUGGAUUCUAUGAUCUUUACAAGAACGUGCCAGUGCUGAAGGAGGCCUUACACCGUGUAUUUGGCCCCUUAGUGGAGUGGGUGGAUGCGUGGGAAGUGGGUUCUCGACUCAAGUACCUGGGGACAAUGCUGUUCCUGCAGAACUGCCAGAAGGCCUUCAGGUGGAUUAUGACUUUGUCAAGGGGUCUUAUGGAAGUGACAGAAUUUUUGCUGAAGCCUCUGGAACGACCAAUAUGGCUCCUAAGUGAGAUCAUGCUCCUUCCAGUGUGGAACAUGUUGGUGGAGUUUUGCCUGGAUGUAUUUGGUCUUGGCUGGUCGACGAUCUGUGCAGUGAAGACUGUUUUAGAGUGGAUACUGAUGGGUUUCUUUGUGCCGCUCUUCGAUGCCGUGAGACUACUCUGGUACUGCGUUGAGGCGCUGGUCUACCCAUUGUUUGCUGCUGUGUGGGCAGUCAUUUCAUUGCCAUUCACACUUGUAUCCUGCUUAGUGGAUAUUCUGGUGGCAUUAUCAGUGGGCAUCUUUGAGGGAGUGAGGUUAAUCUUCUCCAUGAUUGGCACGCUGUCUAGGAUGGCCAUGUCGUUCCGACGCAUAUCAGCUGGAUUAAGCGAGGCCAAAGUUGUUGCAACGGCCAGCCCGUCCACAUGGCGUAGUCUCUACCAGGAGAUAUUUUCCAAGGUGUUUUAUGCAAUCCGAGGAAUUGUGAAUGGUAUCCUGACAUUUGCCCUUGCAUGCAAUCGACAUCGAGUGAGCAUAUAUAACUACGUGGUGAUGAAGUGGCAGUCACUGGAGGAGUGCAUGGUAAUGACAGUCAAUCCAAAGCCUUUGAAACAAGAAACUGGACUGAUGAAGAGAGCUGCCGAUCCUCCCAGCCGAAUUCAGCAGGCAGCACUGCGUCAAGCGGAGCAUAUUCGUUCUCAAAGCCCCCAGUUGAGGAUGGCGCUUCAGGUCGCACCAAGGACAGGCUCUAAGCCUGAUUCUGGAAGGCGGGUGAAUUGUCCAAGUUUUGUCAGUCCUGAGGUAAUGAGGCCCUUAAGUGGUGAAGGACACAGUUUCGGAACUUCUGGUGGCAAUGGCAGUGGUGGUGCUAGCAGCGCUAGGCGCUCCCUCGUGUCUGCAAACAGGGCGGCAUUAAUUGAGCAGAGUCGGGGCAGUCUAUCUGAUUGCAGCCCAGUGCGCUCUCGGGCAAAUUCCGUUGUGAUGACAAAAGCGCGUCUGAGAAGAACAAGGGGUGGCAGUGAUGGUGUGGAGCAGAAGGUUCUUGACACUGUGGCUUUUGAUGAUCACAGACGACUUGCGCCUUCAGGUUUUGUUAUCCCUGAGCGAGUGGGCCGAAGUGAGCAACCAACACAACCACCCUGGGCAUUGGGGAUCCCACAACCAGUGCCCUCUAGUCCUAGGAGUUUGUACAGUGAUGCAGUGCCAGAGCAACCAUCCAUUCCUGGUGACACUGCAUCUCCCUGCUCAUCUCGUUCUCGAUCACCCUCUUUCUCGUCUGUCUCCUUCUCCUCCCACUUCGCCUCUCCUAAUGAGACAUCGUCUUCCUCCUCAACAGGUUCUACGCCAGAGAGGAGACGGCCUUCCAUCCCUGCACUGAGAUUAUCAGUUCCGCAUGUGGUGUCAAGGUCGGCGCCUUCCGUUCCUCAGUCUUUCUCUCGGAGUCAGCCAACUUUCUCUUCUGAACUAGUUCCGGAGCACUGCUUGCCUGCUUUUGUACUUGCGACCGAGGGAGAUGAUGCCAAAGGACAAGGUGUGAUAUCGGUGGAGGAAGCCGCAGCUGGCUGUUCGAUGGGUGAUUCAGGCGGUGUCCCCAAGCUCCUUGGGAAAUUUCUUCAGAAAUCUGUUUUCAACGGUGAGGUGCCGGGUAGAUAUCAUAUCAUCCUAUGUAUGUCCAGUGUUGACAUGGUGCGCAUGUUCACGUCUUCCUCUGCCAGAAUUCAAGUGGGAUAUGAAGAGAAAGGUGUGUUAGCAGUAGCGAAAUGAUUGCUUGCUUGGAAGGAGUGUUUUCGCUUUUCAGAGCCCACUUCGAUUCGGUAGUACACCACAACCAGGCAUGCUCUUCUGGUUAGUAGACGGAAAUCGACAAAGAGUUUCCCAUAAGCAGACACACACUCGCGUGGAAAUUGAGAGUAUAAUCUGUGUUGCCCACAGUAUUGAUAGCCCGGGCGCGGCAGGGUGUAGAAUGAGGAUUGUUGAUAAGACGUGAACAACAUGGAGAAAUGGAUGCAAUGGGGCUCUUGCCGCCCUUUCCAUCUGGAGGAGGUCAGAUGUGGAGUAACUGCUUUGAGGAAGAAGGGCCUGCGAAGCUAGGCGAAAGGUUGUGCCUUUGGGAAGCGAAGUAUGCACAGAGCGAUCGAUGGUUGGGACGGCCCUUUGCGGAGGGUGGUAAAUGAAGGCAGGCGUAGCUG